AUGUACUCUCAACGCCCACUUUCUUAUGCCCCCACUCCCUACAGUUAUACCCCCAAUCCGGCUCGAUCGGCUUCAAUCAACCUAGAUGAAGAAGUCAAAUUAGCAUCCAGCUCGGCCGAGCGUGACCUAUAUGAAUCACUCGCCGAAAUCUACAGCAUUAUUGUCACUCUCGACGGACUCGAGAAGGCAUACAUCAAAGACGUGGUCACCGAGGCAGAAUAUACCGAAACAUGUACGCGGCUAUUGAAGCAAUACAAAUCCAGUCUCGGAGAUGAGACGGUGUCGCGGGAUUUUGUGGAUCUGGAAACCUUUAAACGCACAUGGGGCUUGGAAUGCCCACGAGCUACAGAGCGAUUACGCAUCGGUCUUCCCGCGACUGUCGAACAGGCUUCUCAUGGUGCGCCGACUCCCAGUAUGGCGACAGCAACAGGACCAGCCGGCGCAUCAGGCAGUCUCAUUCUGGCGGCGACCGAGAACUUCAUUACUUUCCUCGAUGCGUUGAAACUCAACAUGGUGUCCAAAGAUGCAUUACAUCCGCUCUUGUCGGAGGUAAUUCAGUCUGUGAAUAAAGUCACAGACAGUGAUUUUGAAGACCGCGGGAAGAUUAUCCAAUGGUUGAUUGCAUUGAAUCAGAUGCGAGCUACUGAGGAAUUAACUGAAGACCAAGCGCGAGAACUUGCUUUUGACAUUGAGCAGGCUUAUCAGGGCUUCAAGGCGACUUUAAAUUGA